UGGUCAACGUAUGCUUGGGAUGUUUUCUCGCCCAGCCGCAAUUCUGACUAGACCCGACUGCAAGAGUGGGCGCUCAUCAGCAAAUCCACCCGAAAUAGCUCAUUGUUUGGCUAUCCAGAUCGCACCGACCGCCCCUUCUUCCCUCUCGUAUGCCUCUCCCUUUGCGCCAUGGAUCGUCCGCCCAUUUCCUCUUCUUCAAGCUCUAAGCGGCGGGCACCUCAUGAUCCGACACGCUCUGUGCGCUCGCGUCUGGAUAUGGCCGUGGACGGCGACGUGUUCUCUACAGUCCAGUGUUAUCCUACCUACUGCUCUCCCUGAUAUCUUACUCGAAGACAUCGACGACUACCUUGUCUCCCCACCACCUCCGGCCGUUUUCUCUGGUGAACAUGACUUGCACGGCGGUACACCGUUGCGUGCUCGAUCAAUUCCCUUGGAUUCUUGGGACGUUCCUGUUGGUUUAAGCUUCGCCGAGUCCGGUCAUGCUUCGCUUCCAUCACCUUCGUCCGGCCAAUCCUCUCGUUUGCCUUUGCCGCCGCCCCCUCCAACCUCGUCUCGCCCUAUGCUGCCCCCCAUUCAGUCUAUGUUUACUCAGCCUCAGCUGGGUUGCGAAGAAAGAGGACAGAAUGUCCAACCCGUGAACACCUUCCACUCGAACACAAUGGCUACCGGCCCGCCGAGAGUUCAGGAAUUUCAAGUUACACCCUCUGAAUCAGUCGCAGGUGCUAAAUUAAAGUAUAACACACGACGCAGUGGCCGACAUAAAAUUCUCUCCGACUUCUUACGUAGGAUUCGUGCCAACAGAUUGGUGUUGUAAUUGUCUCGGAUCAGGUUGGGCCACACAAGGUUUCGAGUACGAGUUGUUAGCGUUUGAUUAUGUAUCGGCGUACUGUGCGGUGUAUAUGCGGUGCGGAAG